AUGUAUAAUAUUCUCCUACUUGUUUGCAUUAUUACAAUAAUACAAUCCAAGCUUAAAGUUAUUAGACCAUCAAAUCUGAUUAAUGAGCACAUUGAUUAUAGUAUUGCCAAUUUUGGGUAGUCUUUGUUAUUUAUGUAAACUAGAAUUAUACCAUUUGGACAUCGUUUGAUGGGAACAGUAGAUAUGGCUUAUCCAUCAAAUGGAUGUAGUGAUCUAUUACCUACUUAUGGAGCUCACUUUAUUUUAAUUGAAAGAGGGGACUGUACAUUUGUAACGAAGGUUAGGAAUGCUGAGAAUGCAGGAUAUAAAUUAGCAAUUAUUGGAAAUUACAAUGAUGAUCCAAUCUAAUCAGAUUUUGCUAUGGCUGAUGAUGGUCAUGGAUAUUAGGUUUUUAUAGAAUGUUUAUUAUUAGGUGACAAUCCCUUCUAUAUUCAUCAAAAAGAAACACUUUACUUAAUUAUAAGAUAAGGCAAAUAAUUAUAAAGUAGAGGAUUCAAAUGAUGAGAAGAUUAUGAUGCUUUUAAAAUUUGAUGUUGUUAAAUCAGAUGUAAUAUCAGUGAUAUUUGGAUUGAAUGUAUAAGAUAGAGAAUCUUACAGAAUUGUUGAUGAAUUUGAACCAUUUUACAAUAAAUUGGAAUCUCAAAAUAUGAAUUAUACUCUAGUAUAUUCUAUUAUGAGUUUUCAUUCUUCAUACGAUAGCUCAUAACAACAAAAUUCUGAUUGUAUUUGUUAAAAUAGAUAUUGUGCAUUUGAUCCUGAUGGACCAGCUAUUGGAACUGGAAGAGAUGUAGUUUAUGAAGUAUUAAGAUAAACUUGUCUAUUCUAAAAAUACCCAAAGAAAUGGUUUGGAUAUAUGGUAAAUAUAUUUUAAUAAAAUGUAGGAUUAAUUCAAUUUCAAAUGUUCAAGACCUUAAGCAUACUCUGCAUGUAGUUAAUAGGUGUUAGAUAUGUUGGAAAUUCCUAAAAAUGAGAUUCAACAAUGUGUUGAUGCAUCAUUUAUUGACUAAUACACUUAAUAAUAAACAAAAAAUGAAACUAAUGCAAUCAAUACUUUAUUAGAAUAAUAAUUAUAUAUCUAAUAAGUAGCAGGAAUGAAUGGAUUUCCAUCAGUUCUAGUAAAUUCUUUAGCUUACAGAGGAUAGUUUUCUGGAAGUGGAAUAUUUGGAGAGAUUUGCAAUAGUAAAUAUUAUAUUUAUAUAUAUAUUAAAUUAGGUUUUCUAACUACACCUGUUGAAUGUAGUGCAUUUGUUGAUGAAUAUUAACCUCCUGUUUUAGAAUAAUCGAAUAUUCUAUAUAUCAUAAUAAUAACUGCUUUUGUUAUAUUUUUCCUUUUACUUGGUUUUUGUGUAUUUAGAAAAUUCAUUGAAAGAGAUAGUAAAAUGGUUACUCAACCUUAAGUUAAUGAGAUGGUUAGUCAAUACAUUAAAUUUUAUGAGGGUAAAGAUAAAUAAAAAGAAGGAACUAUUUGA